UUUGGGGACCAAGCGCCUCUCGUGCUUCACGAGAUGCGUGCAAAUUAGAAAAUUUAAAGGGCACUACCAGAUUCGUUUCAGUGUCCACGACGGUUGGCGCCCAUCGAGUUCGUCAGAGACCUUUGCUCGUCUGAUUCCUCAAGAAACCCGUGAACAUGGCCUAUUACCCAGAACAAGCGUACCCGGAAGCAUCGGCGUACCCGGAAGCGCCUGCGUACCCGGAGUUUUCGGAGGUCGACAGCCAGUACGGUGCUCCACAACUUUCGGACUAUCCCACAUCUAAACCUGAGGAAGAAGGCACGGGCAUGAGAUACGUGAUCAUCGUGUGUGGCCUCAUCAUAAUAUUCGCACUCGCAACAGCUACCAUGAUUUUCCUGUUGGCCUACCAGGGUGACAGCUCCGAGGCGGACGACUCAGUCGGCAGCAACCGAUCUGGCGGUGGUGACGCACCGCCUCCCAUGGAAGUCCCCGUCGUCGAAGAGAUAACUACCACUCCCCUCCCGACAGCGCUACACACUCAACCUGUGAGACGAACGACACCUUCGAUCUCUAGCACCGCGGCGACGAUACCGAUGGCGACGGUGACUGCGACGGUGCCGGCAAGCAGCACGGUGCCUACUACGCCCUCGGCCCGAUCGACGCCGCCAACCCUGCCGCCACCCCCGCCGCUCAUGUGCUCGGUGGGCACGACCGCGGCUGCCAUGAAAACGCUGUUUCCGCCCGACAAUGCGUGCGACAUCCUGGUCUUCACUCACGUGCGGGUCUUCAACAGGACGGUGCGUGCGGUCCUCAGUCAGAUGAGCUUCGAGGCGUUCAGGAACGUCUGCGCCGCCUAUCGGCAGACAACAUGCGGCCUCUCCUUCACCUCGAAGAUGCUGGCGGACAACAUGUUCAGCAACACGCAGAUAAGGAGCCAGCUGAAGCAACUUCGGAGCGAGUCGCGAGUCCACCACUACGGCAUCCUGGACAUUUACGGCACAAGAGACAGCGUUCAGAAUGUGUCCACAACGAUAGUGCCAGGAGUACUUAGCCGGAUGCGGCAACUCCUGGGAAAUGACACCAGCCGCCACAAGGUCAUUGUCGGCAUCGGGUACUACUACUACAACGACACCGAUUCCUGGGAAAAACUAGCAUACGCCGCCGAGAAUGUCGCGUCGAAAGACGUCGACGUUCUGGUCAUAAUCACCACGAUCAUCACCAUUCCUUCAAUUUAUGAAUGCAUCACACUGCCCGUGAACGCCCACAAGAGCCCAAAAGCGUACACUCCAACUCUGGAGCAUGCAUUCCGGAUGGCCAGGGAGGGCUUUGGGAGGCGUAGUCUCACCGUCGCCUUCUCAUUCCAAAUGGGCGUGGUCAUGUACACACUGAAAAAGAAUUACAGCCUCCCCAUCAACGCCCUCUACGAGCCGUGCAGCUACUUCGCAAUCACGGACUACUCGCAGGCAUGCCAACCUGUCAAAGCUGAGCUCAACCUCGAGAAGUCGAACAUCGGGUUCAACAAUCCGUCUUCGCAGAACUUUCUCAAGAAGAACAUCUUCCACACGUUCGACACAGUUUCCCAGAUGCAGGAUAAGGCGAUGCUCAUCAUGGAGAUGCCAGGCAGGCGAGCCAACUUCAGCUGGUUCCUCAUCAACGUGCAUCUGACGGACGUAACGCGGAGCUGCUUGCCCAAAGGACCCUUCCAGCGAGUCAAGGAAUUCAAGGAGUUCUACUACAACCUGGCGCAGAAACCGGCCGGUUAGCCCGACGGGUUGUUUGCGCGCAACUCUGCUGGGAAGCCAGAAACUGCUUCAUUUUUUUUUCCUAAGGAGAGUUUCUUAACCACGUCAGCCGAUGCUUUUUGAAAUAAAUUAUACCAUGUG